AUGAUUCAGUUUAGUGACACUGAUAGGUGUGCUAAUUGGACUAGCGGGUUUGGUUACAUUUCUUCAACAAACGAAUACAAAGUUGUAGGUAUACGUGUGUCCCCUUUGCAGACCAAGAUUAUAGAAGUCUACGUAUACACUCUAGGCAGCGGCAAUGGAUGGAGAAACCUUGGAACAUUCAAUAUUGAUUUCGGUCUAACUUAUAUGAAACAAGGGAUCUUUGCUAAUGGAGCUCUUUAUUGGAUCAACACAGAUUUAGAAAUGAUCUUUACCUUCGAUUUGACUAAAGAAAAAUUUCGUGAACAUCUUUCACCGCCUCCUUUGCCACCAAACGGUAAUUGGUGUCAUAACAAAGUAGGAGUUUUGGACGGGUUUUUGUAUUUUGCUGUUUGGCUAUCUAUCGGAGGAGAUGAAGGCUAUAGCUGUUUUGACAUUUGGCUAUUAGAAAAAAAGAAUGACAUGAAAGGACCAGAGGAACAUCAGUCAUUCGGUUGGACUAAAAAGUUUAGGCUUGAAGAUGACCAACUAAUAGCCGUUACCAAGAGUGGAAAGAUCUUAAAUCACACUGGUAACUAUCUCAAUAUUUACGACCCAAAAGUUGCUGCCUCAAAAAGGCUUGUGGAUUUUGAGGAAUGGAUUCGUGAAAUAUAUCCUCACAAGAGCACCUUAAUUUCGUUGAAACAAUUAGGGGAAGAAGAUACGGAAAUAAUGGAGUCGAUUGAAUUUGAGAAGACAGAAAGCUGUGGUUUUCCUUCGCAGCAGCCGGAAGAGGUUGAGGCCCUGGAUACCUUAGUUUCAUUGAAAGAAUCAAUUUUGGAAAAGAAGAUUCCGAGAUAA